AUGCUCUGCGCGUGGCAAGAAGCCAUUGGUGUGCGCGAAGUCCAAACGCCCUCUAUAGUCUAUCCGCUUUCGAAUCCUAAUGUGAAAAACUUUGGGGGAAUGGCCCAUAAUCCUAGCGUGGAUUUGACCGGUCCACUAGAUAACCUCGUAACUGAGCUCAAUGAUUUAUUUGGACCAGGACCACGCUUUGCCUCGAGCCCUCGAUAUCUACCAUUUAUUCAAGAGUUACCUGCCCACAUCCCGACCGAGAAGAUUCAAUUUCUGCAAGCAAAAGGGGCCUUCGAGGUUCCAGAUCAAGCAUUUGCUACAGAGCUUAUUCGGUCUUUUAUCGACAACGUCUAUCCAUUUCUUCCUGUCAUUGAUCUAGAGGCCUUUUUGACAGCCUUUUGUUAUAACGGCACCUUCGGGAAAACAAGCUUGCUCUUAUUUCACGCGGUUAUGUUUUCUUCUGCGGCGUUUGUGGAUUAUGAGCACCUCCGCAGAGCGGGUUAUCGGUCGCGCAAAGAAAUACGAGAGGAUUUAUUCCUCAAGACAAGAGCCCUAUAUGACUUUGACUAUGAGAAUGAUCGCUUUGUUCUUAUCCAGGCUUUGCUUUUGAUGAGCUACUGGCAUGAAACCCCAGAUAGCCCAAAAAACUGCCAGUAUUGGCUCCACAUAUGCUGUUCUUUCUCGAGCUCAAUCGGUCUCCAAGAUCCAAUAAAACAGGAAAUGGAUUUCGAUCAUGGCAAGAUCAGAAACGCGUCUGGUGGCUUUCAAGAGAACAACUUUGAACUUCUUCCAUUAGUUGACUUUGAAGAUUUUGAGAUUCGCGAGUAUCCGGACAAAGUCAGAAACACAUUCAAGGGAUGUGAAUUUCUCUGGAAUGUGAGCUUCCAGGAAUAUUUGGCUUCGACAUUUAUCGAGAAAGCAAAACUUUCACUUCUCAUCUCAGAUGUCACAGCAUUACGCGACUUCCAUAAUCGAGGAUCUCUUUUCUUUGAAAACUUUCAGGGGGAUGAACCAACUUAUGAAUGGAAGGAAAAGUUCAAGAAGACACUUGAAAAACUUCACGAAUGGCGCGCGAGCACACCAAGCGACUUUGAGCCUCCAAUUCUGUCGAACGACUCUCAUAUGCAAAGCAACAUGCCUCAUGUACACGUACUAUGGGUGCGGAUAGUCUUUCUUGCUACGCUGGCCACACUUCAUCGACAAGAUGAAGAUAUCAGCCCUCCAGUCGAAAAAGGGCCAGAGCGACGCUCACGACAGAUUCUGAGCGAGAUGUCAACCACUAUGCAAGAUCUUCAUCGCUGUGGUCUUAUCAAACUCCUUCCAACCACGAUAGUGGCUUUGAUGGUCCCGGUUUUGGCAAUGCACUACGAAGACAUACGGUCGGGGUAUUGCAGUGUGCAAAUUAUCGGCUUCCAAAAUUUUUACAGGUGCUUGACCAUGCUGGGGUCUCUUGGAGACACGUAUUCGUCUGCGAAUGCGGCCCUUUACUUCUUUGAAAACGCACUGGACCAUACGUGGAGUUGCCACAGCCCUGAGAAAAUUCCAACAUUUAUUCAAGAUCUACUUACGCAAAGAGAGCUGGAGUAUCUUGCUCGAGUCUCGGAUCAUCAAGAAUGGGCAUUGGCAGCUAAUGCAUCACCGUGUUCAUCGAGUUCACCUCAAGAGCCUUUAUUUGGCGUUACUGUUGACAAGUCAGAUAAUCUUUGGUGA